AUGAGAGUCCUCAGCAUGCUGACAGAUUUGAUACUCCAGCACAAGGAGAAGAAAGCCGGCUUGAAGCUAUGGUACAACCUGAAGCGAUUCGACCCGGGGCUCCGUCUCAGGGUGAGCGCGCCGCCGGACGCCGGGUGCCGGCCCGGACCGCAGGUGCGGGUACGGCCGGGCCCGCUGGACCAGGAGGAGCAGGCCAAGAUCUCCAAGUCGGGCCUCGAGAUGAAGCUGGCCAACGACGAGAUGGCCGCCGAAACGGACAAGUGGCAGGAGGCCAGCGACGAGGACAACGACAUCCUGCGCCGCGCCAAGGCCAUGUCGCAGAUGGCGCUCGGCAUGUACCAGUUCACACGGGGCGAUGGCAUUCUCAAGACCACGCAGGACCUCUUCACGCAAGCCGAGUACUUCACUGAGGAAGCCAACCGGCUCUACAAGGUGGUGCGACAGUUCUCUUAUCAGGUGCCUCAGGGCGCCAACAAGAAGGAGCUGCUGGAGUAUCUGGAUCAGAUACCGACGCACGUGCAGCAGCUGCAGUUCGCCGUCAAGACGCCCACAGUCGCAAGGCGGGCCACCUUCACCAAGGUCGACAACGUCAUCCAGGACACAAAGAGCGCGAUGAAUGUCAUCUCCAAGGUCGUCAAUAUUUGUUUCGCGUGCGCUAUAGCAAGCCGCUUCUGGAUGUGCCGCGUCGUUGUACGCUGUGUGGCGCCGCGCCGCGCCGCGCCGCGCCGGGCCUCCGUGUGCCGGUACUGA